AUGAAGUUUGCAUAUAAGUUUAGUAAUCUACUGGGUGCAGUUUAUCGUAAGGGAGAUUUAAUAUUUUCUCCAGAUGGAUCUUCAGUUAUCAGUCCUGUGGGAAAUCGGAUAACAAUAUAUGAUCUAAAAAAUAAUAAAUCAUAUACAUUACCUGUGGAAAGCAGAUAUAAUUAUAGAUGCAUUGACUUAUCCCCUAAUGGAUCAUUAUUAAUUGCAAUUAAUGAUGCAGGUGAAGCUCAUAUAAUCAGUAUGAUUAGUAAAAUGGUCAUACACAAAUAUAAAUUUAAAUCCCAUUGUAGAUGUGUAAAGUUUUCUCCAGAUGGGAAACAUUUUGCAGUAUGUAAACAGAAUAAUGUAUUUAUAUUUAAUGCACCUGGUCUACAGACAGGUGAAUACAAUCCUUUCAUCAUGGAACGUGUAUUUCAUACAGCAAUGGAUAACACUACAUGUAUUAAUUGGUCUUAUGACUCUAGAUUGUUAGCUGUUGGGUCGAAAGACAUGUCUACAAAAAUUUACAGUUUAGAAAAGUAUGAGAACUUUAGAUAUAUUAAUCUUGGUGGUCAUUCAGAUGGAAUUGUAGCAUGCUUCUUUGAAAAGAAAAGUUAUGAUCUAUCUACAAUAAGCAAAAAUGGACGACUGUGUAUAUGGGAGUGUACAAUUGAUCCAGAUGAUUUAAUGCCAGUGGAAUCACCUCCAAUUAAAAAAGAUAAAUUAACAGACAGUGACGAAGAAGAUGAUGUUGAUAUUGAAAAAGCUAUAGAGAAAACGGACAAACAGGCCAUAGUUCAAGAACAUAACUUAGAACAGUCAUUACAAUCAUUUGAAUCAGAUGUUGAGAAUACCAACACUGAGACAGAAGUUAAAAAAUUAAGCUACACCAGAUUAUGUCGGCAUCGUUUAGCUCAGGAUGCCUCAAAGAAAGCAAAUGACAGAGUUAUGCUUACUGCAGCUGCAUAUCAUCAACAGACUAAUAUCCUAGUGGUAGGAUUUUCCAAUGGUUCAUUUUUUUUGUACGAAAUGCCUGAUGUGAAUAUAAUACACUCCCUCAGUAUAUCAAAUCAACGCAUUUCAUCCAUCGCGAUAAAUUCAACCGGCGAUUGGAUAGCAUUAGGAUCUUCCACAGCUGGACAAUUAUUAGUAUGGGAGUGGCAGAGUGAAACUUAUGCCAUGAAGCAGCAAGGUCACAGUAAUAACAUGAACUGUUUAGCAUAUAGUCCUGAUGGCCAAUAUAUUGUUACCGGUGGUGAUGACGGGAAAGUAAAAUUAUGGAACACAAUGAACGGAUUUUGCACUAUAACAUUUCAGGAGCAUGCGUCUACGGUAACAGGAGUGUUGUUUAGUCAUAAUAGGAAAUUUAUCGUUUCUGCGUCGCUUGACGGAACUGUCAGAGCGUACGAUUUAGCAAGGUACAGGAAUUUUAGAACUCUUACUUCACCGCGACCGGUACAGUUUUCCUGCGUUGCUUUAGAUUCAAGCGAUGAGUUUCUUGCAGCAGGAGGUCAAGAUUUCUUUGAAAUUUAUUUGUGGAGUGUUAAACUGGGUACACUUUUGGAGAUAUUAAGUGGUCAUGAAGGUCCAGUUGUUAGUUUGGCGUUUAGCCCAAUUUUAACAAGCACAGAAUUAGUCUCUGUGUCUUGGGACAAGACUUUGAAAAUAUGGAAUGCGAUUGAAAGUGGUUCCUUGCAUGAAACGAUACAAUUAACUUCAGAUGGUUUGUGUGUUACUUAUAAACCAAACGGUGAGGAAGUGGCGGUUGCCACUUUAGAUGGACAAAUCUCGUUUUUCCACUGUAAAACGGCGGUACAAAUUGGUAGCAUCGAAGGAAGGAAUGAUCUAGGCAGUGGAAGGGCACGACGUGACCUUAUCACAGCAAAGAAGAGUCUUCAGGGCAAGGCUUUCACUACUUUGUGUUAUUCAGCUGAUGGUACAUGUUUAUUGGCUGGUGGACAGUCUAAAAAUAUAUGUCUCUAUAAUGUACAAGAAUUUAUGCUUCUAAAAAAAUUUGUUGUAACAAAGAAUAAAUCAUUGGAUGCGGUUGAUGUAAGUAAAUCUUUGAAAUGCUUUUUGAAUAAAAUUAUUGUUUUAAUAAUAAAUUAAUUUUAUUUAAGAAACUACAAAAUGGAAAUUCGAGUAUACAAUAUACAAUUUUCUCCAACAGGACAGGCAUGGGCUACAGCUACAACAGAAGGAUUAUUAGUGUAUUCAUUAGAUGCUGGGCUGGUAUUUGAUCCAUUUCAAUUGGAGGUGGGAAUCACACCCGAAACUGUGAAGAAAACUUUGAAUAAAAAGGAAUAUGCAAAAGCAUUAAUGAUGGCUCUAAGGCUGAAUGAACAAUUAUUAAUAAAAUGUGUCAUAGAAAAUAUUUCAUGUUCGGAUAUCAAUUUAACUGUUACGAAUUUAUCUGCUAUUUACGUGGAGAAACUUUUGAAAUUUGUAGCAUUAGAAUUGGAAUUCACCAGGCACAUACACUUUUAUCUCCUUUGGAUAGAAACUAUAUUGACUAAACAUGGAUCAAGAAUAAAUUCUGCUCUACAAAUGCCAGUAUUAUUGAUACUGCAGAAAAAUAUGCAAAAGAAAUAUGACGAUUUGAGCAAAAUAUGUGACUUUAAUCAAUACACGAUGAGUUAUUUGAAAACGGUUGGAUCUUAUAAAGCAGCCCGGAAAUCUGCUAGCGAUAAAGUUGCAACAGAAUCUGACGAGGAAUCUGAAAAGUCUUCAAUUGAAGAAGUUGAAAUAGACUAA